CAAACACUGGCCAAUGACUGUUUUCCCCUAAAGUGUCUGAGUUUACAGUGUGUGUGAAGCUGCAUAAAUAGAGUCCUCUGGGACCGUAAUGUUACAUUCCAGCUGUCUCCAAGCAAAAACAUAGACUUGUACACAAUGUGUUCCCCGAGGAAAAUAACCAGUGCUGGAGUAAGAUUACGCUGUAAAUGUAUCAAAAACUUGGAGCCAAGCAUGAAAAAGGCGACCAAGCCCACGGCCGCCACCUCCAGAACCUCAGCGGGCACUAAGGCCCCAGGCAGACCUGAGGGAAGCAGCAUUAUGGGCACAGGUGGCAAGAUGACAAACAAAAGCCAUAGUUCAGCUCCACUGUCUAAGGCAAAGAGCAAUGAUGAUCUCCCAGCAGUCAGUGCAGGAAGUGGAGCAGUAUCCAUAAGCAACAGUAACACUACUGCAAGAAACAAGAGAGGAACCUUCUCUCAGAACACCAGCAGCACUGAGACCAGGUCCAAGACCAGUUCAGGUCUUUCAGGAAGGCGUGCCAUGACAUCCACAGCCAAGGAUCCAGGCACGACCCGAGAGAACUUGCGAGAACGAACCAGAGCCAGUGCUGCCAAAAAGCUCGCCGUACCCAAUGAUGCCUUGCCUCAGAAGCGGUCACGAUGCCAUACUGUAGCCGAGACUGAUUCUCGGAUGAGCAAAUCUCGCUCAGACAGCCAGAUAAGCCAUAAAGCAGUGCUGGAAUGUCAAGUGAAGGACUUGCUGGGCUUAGCCAAGAGCAAAGACCUGGAGAUCCUCCAUCUCCGCUCUGAACUUAGAGGUAUGAAGGCCAAGCUUGGUCUGGAAGAACUUGAAGCCCCUGAUCCAGAACAAGGUUCUCAAGAAAACAAGCAGCCUCAGGAGAAAGAGGUUUCUCCUGUGAUCAGUGCCACUGAUGUAGAGUCCACUCUCCUCCUCCUUCAAGACCAGAACCAGGGUAUCCUUGAUGAGCUAAAUAUGCUCAAAAGUGAAAACCGGAUGCUGAAGGAUCGCCUCAAUGCUCUUGGCUUCUCUCUGGAGCACCGUCUGGACAGCCCUGACAAAGGUCUGCGUUGCCCGUCCCUUAGUCCUGAGCCUGUAGCUUCCGGCAGCAGUGGAGGUCAUCGUGAAAGCAGAGGGGGUGGCAUGCGCACGUCUUCCGCAGAAGGCUCCACCCAAGGCUCUACUGAGGACCUGCUGUCAGAGCCGAGACGUGUAGGCUCUCCUGAUGCAGUGGACAGUGAGUGCAGUGAGGCCUACCAGCCAAUCACCUCCAGUGAUGAUGCUUUGGACGCGCCCUCAGGUUGUGGAUCAUCUUCUGAAUCAGAAGGAGGGCCACCAAGCCGGGAACAUUCCCGCAGGGGCAGCAGCGGGAACACCAGCGAGGUUUCCGUGGCCUGCCUGACUGAGCGAAUCCAUCAAAUGGAGGAGAACCAGCACAGCACAUCAGAAGAACUCCAAGCCACCCUGCAGGAGCUUGCUGAUCUCCAGCAGAUCACACAAGAGCUGACCACGGAGAACGAACGCCUGGGUGAGGAGCGUGCCAUUCUUGUCGACUCCCUCUGUCAACAAGGGGAGCGUCUAGAACUGUACGGAAGACAGCUGGACUACUUCCGUGGCCUUCUUGACGAGCACCGGGUGGCGUAUGCCAAGGAUGACGAAGAUGCCAAAAGUGGGCGCUAUGUGGAGCUGGAGAGGCGCUACGCCGAGCUGAACGAGGGCUCGCGUUUUGAGCGGGAGCAGCUGCUUGGUGUGCAGCAACAGCUAAGCAGUGCGCUCAAGAUGGCGGAACAGGAGAACGCAGAAGCCCAAGGCCUGAUGGCAGCAUUAAAAGAGCGUGUCCACAUGGCAGAGAGAGCUGUGGAAAUGGAGCGGAGGGAGCGAGCCGUCGCCAAAGCGGAGUUGGAAGCGCUGAUGGUGGUGUCCGAAGGGGAGCAGGUGGAGCUGAACCGCUGCAGAAUCCAACUUGAGCAAGAGAGACAGAGAGUGGCCCAGCUGCUCUCCAUCCACAAUGCAGGGGAUAAGACCGACAUACGCCACCUGCUGGACAGCGAGAGAUUAGACAAGGAGCAAGCCGAGGCCAAGGCAGCUCAGUUACAAGAGGAACUGGGGCACACGCGCAGUGAAGCUGCCCAGCUCCAGGAGGCAAUUAGCAAGCUUGAGGGUGAGUUCCGAGCAUUUCGUGACGAUAUCCAGGCACAGUUAGCGGAGCAGAAGCGGCUCCUGGAGCAGCAGUGCUCUGAGCUAGAGGAGAAGGAUACAGAGAUCGCUGACAUGAAGGAGACCAUCUUUGAGCUGGAGGAUGAAGUUGAGCAGCAUCGUGCUGUCAAGCUCCAUGACAACCUCAUCAUUUCCGACCUGGAGAAUUCCAUCAAAAAGCUUCAUGAUCAGAAAUAUGAUAUGGAGAAGGAGAUUAAGGUUCUUCACCGUAAAUUGCGGGAGGAAUCAGCUGAGUGGCGUCAGUUCCAAGCUGAUCUGCAAACGGCUGUUGUCAUCGCCAAUGACAUCAAGACGGAAGCUCAGGAGGAGAUCGGAGACCUACGGCGUCGCCUUCAGGAAGCUCAGGAGAAAAAUGAGAAGAUGAACAAAGAACUGGAUGAACUAAAGAGCAGAAAGCAGGAAGAGGAGCGUGGCCGUGUGUAUAAUUAUAUGAAUGCCGUGGAGAGAGAUCUGGCUGCGCUGAGGCAGGGGAUGGGACUGAGUCGACGUUCCUCCACUUCCUCUGAACCAUCGCCCACCGUCAAAACACUCAUCAAGAGCUUUGACAGCGCCUCGCAAGGUCCUCUUCCAGCCAGUCCGGCUGCUGCUGCUGUUGCUGUUGCUGCUGCUACCGCCAUUUCCAGAACCCCCCUCAGUCCCAGUCCGAUCAAAACUCCUCCAGCCGCUGCUGUCUCUCCUAUACAGCGACACACCAUCAGCUCUGCCAAACCUCUGUCAUCAAUGCUGGACAAGAGGCCGAGCUACACGGACCUGAGCAUACCAGCAGACCACCUCCUCCGGACCUCACCUGUAACGCGCCCCGGCUGCGGCCUCCAGAGGGUGACAAACAUGGACUCGAAUAAAUCCAUAUCGGUUUCUGGCAGAAGCAGCGAUGAGUUAAAGAGAGAUUUGUCGGUGACGGACACAUCAAUGUCAUCGUCAGUCAUUGCGUUGGGCUCAUCUUCUCCCCAGCUUUCUAUGUCUUCAAACUCGUCCUCCCCGACCGCCUCCGUCACGCCCACCACACGAGGCCGUUUACGAGAGGAAAGGAAGGACCCUUUGUCUGCCUUAGCCAGGGAAUAUGGAGGAUCCAAGAGGAACGCUCUGCUCAGGUGGUGCCAGAAGAAGACUGAGGGUUAUCAGAACAUUGACAUCACCAACUUCAGCAGCAGCUGGAAUGAUGGGCUCGCUUUCUGUGCCAUUCUUCACACCUAUCUACCGGCACAUAUCCCUUACCACGAGCUCAGCAGCCAGGACAAGAGGCGAAAUUUCACUUUAGCCUUCCAGGCAGCAGAAAGCGUGGGAAUUAAAUCAACACUGGACAUUGGUGAAAUGGUGCACACAGAAAGACCCGACUGGCAGAGUGUCAUGACCUACGUGACGGCCAUCUAUAAGUAUUUUGAGACCUGAGAAUCUUCUUGAACAGGGCUGUAUUGGCAGCUUACCUCAGUUCGCCUUGCUGCAAAAUGCUACUUCCAAGAUGCUACAAAUUUCCCAGAUGCCUUAGCUGCGCAUGGGGGAAGCUUGUUCGACCCACACAACUUACAGUUCUCUCCUAAUGUGUUUUCCCAGAGUCCUCUAUGGCUACAGAAGCAGGCCAGAUCCUACUAAGCUUCUCUGAGUGGCAAUGCUUUGGAAGAGGAGUGGGACGUUUGCGAGAUCAUGAGCCAGUGACUUCCUUUAAUAACAAUGCAACACGAUUUAAAGUGUAUUAUGCCGAUGAAUCAACAAAAAUAUGUAUCUUGGAAAACAGUUGCCUUUGAAAAUUGUUGUUUUGUCAUAAGGAUGCCCUCUUUAUGCCAGUAUUGGUCUUAGAUUGUCAGUAUUUAUUCCAAAGAGUGAUGCCACAACAGGCUUCGCCCACAAAAAAAAAUGUUUUUUUGUGUUUCCCUUAGCCUGAAUAAGCUCAAACCUGAUUUAUUUAGCCUUUUUUUUCUAAUAAGUAAAACAGGGCUCCUUAACAUCCAACCUUGUUUUGUUGCUAUUAUAAUAUUGUACUGUUUUCAUACACUAAAAGAAAACUAAUAUGUAAUUUAAAAUGAAGCUGUUUGGCCAGAAAGUGUUUUUUCCUCCUCAAUACUCAUUCCAGCUGAUCACUGAAAAUGCUGCAAGAAGUUUUUUGUUUGAAAUAUCAGCACAAAUGAAAUGCAUGGCUGCUUGUUUUCUAUUUUAUUGAAUAUUUUUCAGCAUUUCAGUCCUUUUUGUCUACGCACUACUAAUCCUUAUUUGACACAUAAAGCCAGCUGGGUUCUGGAAGCUUGCUGAUUCAGAUUGAGUUUGUCUUAUGGGUGUAAAAGCACAAAUAAAAAUGGCUGAAUGUGUAUUUACUUAAAUGAAAUGUGAAAUAAGACGACUGCAAUCCAUCCACACUGACAGCUCAUGGUUUACUCAUGCUUUAUAUACUGUACGUCUGUCAAAGAUAAGCCUCCGCACACAAAACCGAAGCCUUACAUGGAAAAAAAAUUGCCAAGAGCACAAUUUUUGUUUUAGGUAAACUUGCUCUGCUGUCUUCAAUGCACUGCUGUUUUAAUAUGUUUGUUUCAUGGAUAAUUUGUCAAUUCGAGACCUCUUUGAAGGGAUCAAGUGUGUUGCAGCAAGCUUUAUGCUGCUAAUGACAGCAGUUCAAAAUGAAUUUUAUGUCAAGGGCAAGUCAUGUUUGUUGCAAAACUAACUUAUUCUAUUUACGCUACAGAGAGCUCUGUCGUGUUUUAAAUGAUAUAUUCUGUUUAUAUGUGGAAAUGCCAUUGACGCUGACAUUGAAUUUCCUAGAAAAGGUCAGUAGUGACAAGGAGUAUUUUUGUUUGGAUCUUCUUGUGAGAUGUAACCUCUGUUUUGCUACCUAGUCACAUGGAGUUUGAUAUGAACACUUUGAUUUGAACAACAUCACAUCAUAUCUUGCUGUGCUGUUCUUUAAAACUUGCCAUAAUUCAUAUUUGUAUAAAUCCUGGAUCGUAUGCCUUGUUGACACUACAAAUACCUUAUUGUUUCAUUAUCAAGAUUCUUAGAGCACUGUACAAUAAGGGGAGGAUUUUGAAAAAAAUAAGGUUUCCUGUAAGCAAGGUUUUGUGAGAACAAUAUUUGUGUGCACAAAUACAGUUUGAUAUUUUCAAAUGUG